AAACAAAACACCCAUCCCAGUGGUGUGGGCUCGUGCGCAGGGCAGGUCCAUCCUCCAGCCCUCCUCCACCAGACUCAGUGCAGCCGCACGCGCGCCCCUGGACACCUCCGUCCUUCUGUCCGUCUGUCCAUCUGUCCAUUUGUCCGUCUGUUCGGAUACACACAGUAGCUGUUGUUCUUCUGAAGCAGAACCGAACCCAGAACCGGAUCAAACAUGGAGGCCAUCAAGAAGAAGAUGCAGAUGCUGAAGCUGGACAAGGAGAAUGCCAUAGACCGAGCAGAGCAGGCGGAGGUGGACAAGAAGGGAGCAGAGGACAAGUGCAAACAGCUGGAGGAGGAGCUGCUGGGUCUGCAGAAGAAGCUGAAAGGAGUGGAGGAUGAGCUGGACAAAUACUCUGAGUCGCUGAAGGAUGCCCAGGAGAAGCUGGAGCAGGCGGAGAAAAAGGCCACAGACGCUGAGGCAGAGGUGGCUUCUCUAAACAGGCGUAUCCAGCUGGUGGAGGAGGAGUUGGACAGAGCUCAGGAGAGACUGGCCACCGCUCUGCAGAAGCUGGAGGAGGCGGAGAAAGCUGCAGACGAGAGCGAGAGAGGAAUGAAGGUCAUAGAGAACAGAGCAACAAAAGACGAAGAGAAAAUGGAGAUCCAGGAGAUGCAGCUGAAGGAGGCCAAACACAUCGCUGAGGAGGCCGACCGCAAAUAUGAGGAGGUUGCUCGUAAGCUGGUGAUCCUGGAGGGUGACCUGGAGCGUUCAGAGGAGCGUGCUGAGGUGGCUGAGGCCCGUGUGAGGGAGCUGGAGGAUGAGCUCCGGCAAAUGGACCAGAAUUUGAAGUCCAUGAUGUCUGGAGAGGAAGAGUAUUCGCAAAAGGAGGACAAAUAUGAAGAGGAAAUCAGAGUUCUUACUGACAAACUUAAAGAGGCGGAGACCCGUGCUGAGUUUGCAGAGAGGUCUGUUGCCAAACUGGAGAAGACCAUUGAUGAUUUAGAAGAAAAACUGGCCCAAGCCAAAGAAGAGAACCUGGACAUGCACCAGGUGUUGGACCAAACCCUUCUGGAGCUCAACAAUUUAUAGACACCUUUACAAAAAGCUCAUCUGAAAGACAGCAUGACAAAGAAAAAAAAAAAAGGCUUUAUGUGUCACCACGGCUCCCAGCGUUCACCCUGAACGACCGAAGGAAACUGAAUCUUACUGCUUUUAUUAUUUACUAAAUGUCAGGAUUAUCAGGAUUUGUUUGAUGGGUCAUUUGUAAAUCAUGAGCAGGUUGUUUUUCAUCUUGCUGAGAAUUAUUUAAAAGUACAAAUUUUAAAGUGAUUGUAAAGUCUAAAAGUACAUUGUGGAACUAGACACUUAAAAACAUGUUCCUUUAACUUGUACGUAUGCAAAGCUUUGGACACGUUACUAGACCAGCGUAUCUUCAAUAUGAACUUUGAAUAAUAAUCUGUUUUUUUUUAUCUUAAUAGGACCUGGUGGUUUUUCAUCAUCAGACAUUCUGUUACUUAUUGUUUAAGAAAAUCAGGUUUUUGUUGUCAUUCAUUUAAAUACAGCUUAUUUCAUUAUUACAUUAUGGAACAUUUCAUGUGAUUUUUGCCCGAAUUUUCCCUUAUAUUUGCACAUGAGAAAACCCUGAUUUACUAAUAAUGCUUCAAAUCACAGUUUAGUAAUGUUUCCAAGGUUUUAUGUUCAUUACACAUUGAUCACCAUAGUUUCUACUCAACAAGUUCAAGAAACUGUCCGAGUAAAUGCCACACUUUUGGUGUUUUCUUUCCUAUCUGUAGCUAAAGAAAACAUACAAUUGUAAAUGUUAACUAAGUUUACUAAUUAAACUCCACUUAACUGCUGGGAGCUGUAAUGUAAAAAAGAGCAUUCCUAAAAUUAAAAAUGACAUUAAUUAA